UCGUGGACUGUUUGGUCUCCUGUAUGUAAGCCCGGGGUUCUCGUGGGUGCGAUUCAUUGCGCCGCCGCAGGAUCAUCGUGAUCAGGAGAAGCAAGCUAGCGUCAUGGUGGAGUACGGCAAGCUGCUUGAGAUGAUGGUGAGCCUUUCCAUAAACAACCAGCAGUCCGCCUUGGCGCUGCCGCGGAUGCGGGAAGGGCGUCGGGAAGAGGACGACGACGCGGCGGGGGCGGCGGCAGCGGCAGCGGCGGAUCGCUUCUCACCUGCUUUUCUGGGGCAUCAUCGCGAUCGCGACAUCAUCUAUCCGCGCGCAUACGCGCCAGCGCCUCCGAUAGGGCAGGAAGCCGGUCCGUCAGCGCCGUCGCAGAUGCAUCCUGCAUCGGUGUGGAUGCCGCUGCCGCCCUGCGACCUUAGCGUACCAGACGCGCGGCCCUUUGCGGAAGGGCGCAGCAUAGCUCGUGGGGCCCGGAACGAGCCGGCCGUGCCGCCUGCCGCAAUAAUCGCCGCAGCUCGCGGCCCCCGCCCUGACGGCCACGCCCACGCGUAUAUGGCGCCGCCGCCAUACCUAGGUGGCACGAUGUCUGUCAACUACCCCAACUCGUUCCAUCGUGGGAACGAGGAAGCCUUGCUCCUCGCGCUCUCCGAAGAAACCCCCGAGAUUAUCGUGUCGUACGCCUGCCACCUCUUAGAGAGCAGACAUGGGCAGCGGCUAUUCCGUCUGGUGUUCAAUCACUGCAACCAGCAGCUGCGGGAUGGGAUCGUUGCUACGAUCACCCGGGACAAGAAGAGUUUCAGUAGCCUUUGCACCCGGAGGCCAGAUGAAGUUGUUCAUAUAAUCAGUUCCUGUGCAACUCGGAGAUCAAUGCAGCUUCUUGGAGAUGCCAUGCUGCAAUGGAUGGCACAUAAUCAGAUGAGGUACCUCCUGUCGGAUUCAAAAAGAUUAGAAGUGCUGCAGACUUUCAUAUUGAGAUCUCCUCCAGAUAUUGCUCAGUUCAUUUUCGAAGCAGUUGCUCAGAAUUGUACAAGACUUGCAUAUCAACAAAAUGGACUGCGCCUACUACAGAAUUGCCUAGAUCGUGUCAGCCAGAAACAAAAGGAUUAUAUUUUUACACAACUCUCUUAUGAGAGCCUUUUCCUUGCUCAAGAUUCCAGUGGAAACUGGAUUGUUCAGGACGUUCUGCGGAGGGGAGAUCCCUCCCACAUUGAAAUCAUUGCUUCCUGCCUGAGAAAUCAUUACGUGACACUCGCAAAAAAUAAGUAUAGCAGCAAUGUAGUCGAAUGGUGUUUAAGGGUAUUCCACGAAGAAGAGAGAUCAGUCAUUGUAUAUGAAUUCAUUAGCUAUUCUCACUUCAGAGAUCUGGUGACAGACGAGUUUGCCAAUUUUGCUCUCUCUACUGCUCUUCAAACAUGCGAGGUUCCUCUCCGAAACAUCUUGGCAAAUGCCAUCCUUUCCCAAAAUAUCAUUAUACGGAAUCAACACUGUACGAAGAUCUUUAGCAUAUUAGCCAAAUUUAGGUUUAUUUAACGGAAUCUUUUGAGGUAAACUAUACUUUGAAAAUCUAUAUUGACAUAGUUUUAAUUGAUACCAUAUUGAUAUUUAAACAUCCAGGCAGAGAAUUUUGAAGUAGCAAAUUGCAAUUGAGCAGAUGAUUUUCUACUAUGGUCUUUCGCUUUCUGCAGGUAUUGUGAAGUAGGUACCAGGUGUCAGAACCAUUUUGUGCUUGUGUGGAUUGUGGCAUGUGCUGGAGACUUCAGGCAUUGUGUUACCUUUGCAGUUAGCUACAUGUUGUUCAAGUGUUGUAAGCGUUAAGUGAUUAUUCAGUUACGUUGCUAGUUGUGAUUAGCUUAGUGCUUUCUUUGGGAGGAUUGAUGUCUCAAGAUCUUAUUGAUACAAAUUCCUGCCUUUAUUUUUUGUCCCAGAUGAAAUUGAGAAUAUUUUAUUACUUUAUUUAUUUUGCUGAA